AUGACCGAGGGCGACGUGAGCCAAAGUAACGACGGCGACGUGAGCUGUCCUCGAAUACGUCCUCGGCGUUUGCCGCAUACCGGAUCUCAUUAUCAGACGGAUGAGUUUCUAAUGGGCCGUCCUUCUGCUCGUAAAUCGCCGAACUGCCGACGUAAAUUCAAGCUGGAGCGCAUUCCUGAUUAUCUCCGUGAAACCGUUGACUGGAUCAUCGGUCGAUCGCGGCGAAGAGAUGUCAAGGAUGCGAAAACCAAACGCGUGGCUAGCGCGUCCGUAGCCCAGCGAUCAUCAACGCGUAAAUCGCAGUCAGCUGAACUGUGCGUGUGCGAUUCGAUUGAAGACCACGUUAUCGAGAAGUUUACUGCUCUUCCUCCAGGGAUUGAUGCUCGGGAAUGGCUAGCGACACAUACGUUGGCCUUAUUCGAUCACGUCAAUGCCUUAUGGGGAAGUUUGCUGGACUUGUGCACACCUGCCACUUGUCAGUACAUGAGCUAUCCAGGAACAACGAAAGCAUAUUACAUCGAUGAACGAGGGAAGAGGCAUUUGUAUUCUGCGCCUCAAUACAUGGACUGCGUAAUGUCUUUCUGCGAAAAAUCGAGCAGAAGCGAGGAAUUGUUCCCUACCAAAUACGGUAAUCAGUUUUCGGGUGAAUUCGAGUCCCACAUUCGACGGGUUAUCCGCCUUUUAUGGCACUGUUGCGGACAUCUGGCAUCAAAGCACUGGGAUGAGCUAGGUCAGUUGGAACUGCGACCGCAGUGCGCCUUAGUGAUGGCUCAUCUUGCGAAACUCAGCAAAACUUUCGCGCUUCUCGACAGUAAAGACCAGCAACUCAUCAAUAACAUGGUGCAGACGAUCCGUCCGUCAAACGUGACUUCGUCUGGCCGCGGUGACGAUGGAAGCAGCGCCGCCACGCAACGAUGGAGUCGUGUGCCGUCUUCCAAGAGCGGGAGCUGGGGCGGUCAUCCCACACCCGCUGCGCAAAAUCUCGGUGGAUUAUCGGUUUUAAUAAAAGUGUUUCUGUGGAUUCAUAUCGAGACACAUGACCCGGAAUCAACUUUGUUGGAUAGAUUUAUUGCUAGAUGCAUAACGAAAUAUCAAAUUGAAUUCUCGGCAGACUGCAGUGAUACCAUCCUGAAGGGAGAGUGCCGAGCAACGGUAGUAUUCAGUGCCAAGGAAUUAACAUUGGGGAUAUUCUUCAAAGGACCAACGAAUAUUGCCGCGUUUAAAUCGUCUGCCGCGAGUGCCAUAUCAGCUCAGUCCUUGGUUGAUUUCAAUGGCAGGGGCCGGGUUGGAGAUCAGUUUCUGACUACAUUUAACAGACUUUGGAAUGUCCAAGGUUUGAGCUCAUACGUAAAUGAGCUGUGGGCAGAGUACUGUGACCUCACUCUCAUGAUUGGAGGACACUCGGUCGCAUCAUGUAAUGCGCAAAUGGCAGCCGUGUCCAUUAGGAGUGCAGGCAUGUGGAGGAAAAAGAAUAUUGUCUACUACGGAUAUGGCACUCCCCGCUGCGGCGAUCAGGAGUUUGCUGCUCGUAUGGAUGAAGCCGCGUAUCAUAGAUAUCGUAUAAACUGGUUAGCUGACAACAUUCCGCAAUAUCCUGCAUCGACCUGCGAUCCAUUUGGGAAGCCGAAACGAGACAGCGGCACAGAUUGUUGGUUCCAUUGCUGUUAUGUGAUUAACUACAAAACAUGGCUAUUCCUCGGAGUGAUUAGCGAAGUGGAGACGUGUGAUUUGCCGGAGGAUUCCUCUUGCAACACAGGAACGGAUUCAAGUGCACACACAGCUUAUUUCGGUACUUCUCAGGGUAAUUAUGAUGGACUCAACUGUGGAUUAAUCAAGACAUUUACUGUUGCAUAAGAUGAAUUUCCGCAGAAGAAUAAAGUUAUCGC